CGAGGGCCGCCUGGAGCAGAAGUCCUGCUAGUCGCCUCUGUCUGGGUACCAGCCCGCUGUUACUCUGCAGGCGUGAGAAGGAAACUAGCUCGGACCUUGCAGGUUUGUAGAUCUGUCGGCCUGUAGACCGCGGCGCAAGUCACAGCGAGAGAAGGAGCAAACUGCCUUGGUUGGAACCAUUGCGGGUCGAUAUCACAAGAGAACUACAGGAGCUUGUGAGAAGCGAAGACUACAGCCCUUCACCAUUUCUCACCCUGGCCCUAAGAAUCCUCUUCAGUCAGGUGGAACAAGGCCCUCUCUUGUCUUGCCCCACAGCUGGCACAGACUUGAGCAUGGGCCGGGCUCGGGAAGUGGGUUGGAUGGCAGCAGGACUGAUGAUUGGGGCUGGUGCCUGCUACUGUGUUUACAAACUGACCAUAGGAAGAGAAGACAGUGAGAAGUUGGAGGAGGAGGAAGAGGAAUGGGAAGACGACCAACAACUGGAUGAGGAGGAGCCUGAAGUUUGGUUUGAUUUUACAACAAUGACUCGUCCUUGGAGAGAGGAUGGGGAUUGGACUGAACCUGGGGCCCCAGGUGGCACUGAGAACAGGCCCUCAGGGGGGGGAAAGGCCAAUAGAGCACACCCAACAAAGCAGCGGCCAUUCCCCUAUGAACAUAAAAAUACUUGGAGUGCUCAAAGCUUUAAAAAUAACACUAGUGUACUAGGCCUCUCCAAGUGUCCUUUCAUUCAGGGAAAACUGUCGUUUGCCGAGCCCAUGGAUGCUGAUUUUUCAUUUAGCCACAAUAUCAAUAGUCCCCUGGCCAGCCUCUCGGUGGUUGGAAACACGAUCCCUUCUCCCAAGCCCGCUGUCAGGGAGAAAGCUUUGUGUGCCCAGGAUAACGUGAAUGAGAGUCUCACGAGUCAGGGCCAGAUUGAGAUGUACAUCAAUGAGGUGUGUCGGGAGACCGUGUCACGUUGCUGCAACUCAUUUCUGCAGCAGGCCGGAUUAAAUCUGUUAAUAAGCGUGGCAGUUAUUAAUCACAUGCUUGCCAAGUCCGUUUCAGACUUGAAGUUUCCUUUGAUGCCAGAGGGGAGUGGAGGUGCUAAGGCUCAGGUCUGGAAACCUCCAAUGGGUCUGUGUCGAAAGCCAGUCCUGGCAGGGGAAGUGCUCGGUGCCCAGAUGCUCUUCUCAUUCAUGUCCCUCUUUAUCGGAAAUGGAGACAGAGAGGUUCUCCUGGAAACCCUUGCCCCUUAAAUGCCAUCUGGCACACAGAGGGACUGAGUCCACCCAACACCCGUGCAGUUUGCAGCUGUCAAAGAACCUGCAGAGGGUGCUACCGAAGACCCAGCCUCAGCCAAUCACCACAUCACGGGGGCGACAGUUCCAGUUGCUAAAUGGAGGACCACAUUCCUCUUGGCCAGGCAGGGGCGCCCCAAGAGCUUUGAGUCACGUUUUGGUUUUGCAGUCUGCGGGCAAUGUGCACUGUAAAUUGCUAUUCCCUUGCAGCCUUCUGGGUGUGCUAAAGGGACCACUUUGCCGCCCGCUGUGGAGAAAGAACAUCAAACCACAGCAUCGCGAGUGCCGUUGCUGCCCAUGGUAGUGUCCCCAUCGAAGCCGGGCCGCCGUGCAGAGACCAGACCCACGUCAGAGCUUGGGCUGAAAGCGCAUUUGUUGACCUUAGGUUGAAUGGUUUUUCCUCUACCCCUUCUUCUACAUAAGCUCAUGGGUGGUGAAGCUCUUCAUGGAAAAAGUACACUCCCCUUUUUGCUAUUGUACUGACAUAACCUCCUCCACCCAAGUCUGCAUCUGUGUAUCAUCAAUAAAGUUGUGUGCUUUGAUU